UUGAGAUCAUAUUCCCUAGUCUUUCUAGCUCUACUUGUUUUUCGGUGCAAGUAAUUGCGGCCAUCCACCACCAUAAGCUAAGCAAUUCCCCCACAUUGUAAACCUUUAAUUUAGAAAAAGGUUUUAAUUUCUUCUUCAAUUUAUAGGCAAUGAAGACACAAGAAUUGAAAAAGUAGAAAGGAAAACAAUAGGCAUAAAGAUGAAGCACAGAAUUGGCCUUCAACUUUUCCCUCUAUUGUCUUCUUCUUCUUCAGAGUUCCGCAGUAGCGAUCAUUCUGUGGCAUGUUCGUCCACAAGAAAGCAGACCACAAUUUUCUACAACGCACAAGAUGGGGAAUGUCAUACAUCUGAACUUCAGGCCUUAGCCAUCUUAUGGCAUGCAAGACGAGAAAUGGAAGAAAAAUAUAAUAUGAGUGCGUCAAAUUUGAGAGCACCGUCUCUGCAGUUUCAAUUGCAUAGCCCUUAUGGGCUGUCCCUAAGAAAAUCCCUACAGAGGUUUCUGCAAAAGAGAAGAGAAAGGAGGAUUCAAGCAGCUAAUCCAUAUUAAAAGAAAUGAUGUUGGAAUCAUAGGCGAAUUCAGAAUUGAGAAUUUAGUGAUCUAGAAUAUUGUGUGUGAUUUUGUGAUAUGCGGAUACGUCACUAAUUUUUUUGCAUAUGUAUCUGCACUUCCAACGGGGAACGUGAUUUCAGCUGAAUCUACCGAACUAGCUCUAAAUCCGCUUAUAUAUGUGUUGAUUCCUAAUUAUCCAAAUUCUCUCGUCCUAACUAUCAAAAUUUCAUCAAUAUUGAUUGGGAGGUUGGAUUACCCGUA